GUACAAGAUUGAAGGAGAAGCAUGAGAGAAGUAUUUCUCAUUGGAUUCCUUCUCCUCGUUCUCUUUAACACAGCAGUUUUCACAGGGAACUUGUCUAAGUACAAGUAUCAUGCCCCCAAGAGCACCAUCUGGUACAACAAUGCUGUGAACCGCAAAAACUGGGCACUGCAUGGAACUGCCAACCAAUCAACAUUAUUCAACCCCACAAUGGCUCCAGAGAAGGCGGUGGAUGGCAAUAGAACUAAUACUUGGCUUGGUGAUAGUUGUUCUGCAACUCAACGUUCCAGAAACCCAUGGUGGUAUGUGAUACUUCAACAGAAAAUACGUAUUGAAGAAGUGCUCAUUGUCUCCCGUUGCUGUGUUAUAAACAGUAAACUAAGUGACUUUUGGAUUCAUAUUUUGAAUGAGUCCCCACGUGUCUCCCGAAGAUUCAGUUAUGCUGGCUACUGCAGACACGUCAAGGAAACCAUCACAGAUGGUGUUACACGCCUGAUACCCUGUGUACACCCAGUACUAGGACAGAUCGUUAGAAUAUCCAUGGACGGAAUUUACAGAGAGCUCGACCUAUGUGAAGUUGAAGUAUAUGGAACACCAUACAUGCCAGAGAUCAAUUACGAAAAAUAUACUACGAGUUUCUACAACUGGGCUAGAGGAAUGGCUGCAACUCAGUCAUCGGAGUCGAAGAAUCAAUGGAGGAAAUCAGCUUCAAAUGCUGUAGAUGGUGACUACAAAUGCAGGGAUCGCCUUGGUUCUUUCACACACACAAACGAAGAAGACUCGGAGCCAUGGUGGAUGGUGGACCUGCAACAAAUACUUGUCAUCACGCACGUUAAAGUUUACAACAGAAUGGAUUGUUGCAGAAACGAUCUUCGGCGAUUCGAGGUUAGGAUACUGUUUCAACCUGACGACCCCGAGCCAGCUAUGUGUUGGUUUCAAGAGCAAACAGUAAUGAAAGAAUCCACCAUCUUGCCCUGUAUCACUUACGUGAAAGGGCGCUAUGUCCGAAUCAAUUAUUAUGGGCCAUUGGAACUAAGACCCCUUUCGUUGUGCGAGGUAGAAGUGACAGCAUGGAAAGUAGUUACAGACCCUGAAUACCACAAGAGUCGAGACAACCUAGUUAUAAAUAAGAAAACAUAUCAGUCCACCACUGAUGGACAUCGAGAUUCAAGCAAGGCUGUCGACGGCAAUCCGGUUAACAACUGGCUGAGUAACACCUGCUCCAGGACUGCUAUUGACGACAACUACCCAUGGUGGAUGGUGGAUCUUGGCGGCAAGAUGUUCGUCGAAGCUGUGCUUAUAUUCUUUCCACUUGAAGAAGUUGAGACAUUUUCGGAAAACUGGGCAGUCUAUAAGCCUGCCUUGCAGUCAUCAACAUAUUCGGGACUAGCCGAUAAGGCUGUCGAUGGCGGAUAUAUGUGUGCUAAAUAUCGGUAUACACUCUCAGUGACAGAUCCAACGGAUAAAUAUCCAUGGUGGAUGGUGGAUCUUGUGGACACGAUAAUGGUCAAAGAGGUCAAAAUUUUCAACCGCCAGGAUUGUUGCAAGGAUCGUCUAGUAUCCUUCUACAUUGAAGUUCUGCAGUCUAAAAAUGACACCGUGCCAGGAAUAUGUCAUUAUCAAAGAUAUAUUGUAGAUGUUUAUGGAGUGUUCCCGUGUAACCGGUACCUCAGAGGACGAUACGUCCGAAUCAGGAAAGAAGGUCCUGCCUCUGAGAAUCUUGGACUGUGUGAAGUUGAAGUGAAGGGCUAUAAACUAGUGGACCAGGGUGUCUACUUGUGA